AUGGUUUGUGAGGACUUUGGAACCGAUCUAAACUUGGUCAAUAUCGAGCUGAGUUACUUACCUUCCGAUUUGGUGAUUGGCCGCGACUCACCACCUGUUUUCAUCACCAACGAUCGACAACUGCAAAAUUUUCUUACAUAUGUGAGGACCAAAGCUUCAACAAGGUUAUGUGUGUGUAUUCGAUCUAAGGUCGGGUUUAACUUGAAUGAAGAGCCUGCUGAGUUGCCUAACAGAGAGGAAGUGGGUAUGUCGGGUGAAGUUUCAGAUGAUAUUGAUGGUGAAGCCGAGCUUGAAGAAGAAGAUGCGAAGAUAUAUGAAAGUGAUGAUGAAAACAAGUGUGAGAAAGAUAUGAUCAACGAAAAGUAUGUCCGUUUUUCUCUGGUUGAUGUUGUGAAGAAGGGUCAACAUUUUAUUAGCAAAGCAGCUCUGCAGGCAACAAUGGAAAUAUGCGCAAUGAAACAUAAUUUCGACUACAAGGUUGUCAAAACGGAUAGAAGAGUUUGGUACGUUCGUUGCGCGGAUGAUGAUUGCCGCUGGCGUGUUCGCGCAGAGGGAUUAACAGGUUUUUCAUAUUUUAUCAUCAAAAAGUAUGUACCUGAUCAUUCAUGUUCUCCAUCAUCAAGGAACCACUCUGUUCGGACCGCUUCAUCAAAAACAGUUGGUAGUCUCAUUAAGCAUAAGUACGAAACUGUCAAGGAAGGGCCGAAACCUAAUGAUAUCAUCCAGUUUAUGCGUAAUGAUCAUGGAGUUGAGAUAUCCUACUCUUUAGCUUGGGAGGCACGUGAGUAUGCAGUAAAUGUUGUGAGAGGCAUUCCAGAGAAGGGUUAUGAAAAAGUUCCCAAAUACUUGCACAUGAUGAAGGAAGCUAAUCCAGGAUCACACACAUUUUACGAAACUGAUAGCAAUGAGAGAUUCAGAUUCCUCUUCAUCUCAUAUGGCCAGUCUAUUCGCGGUUUUUAA